AUGUCGUCCUUCCAGAUCCUCACAGCCGGAGGGGGCCACGUCUCGACGGCUACGACGCCGCUGCGUCAGCUGCGAGCUCUUCUGCCCAGCACAACCACAAAUGAGACGCUUUGUGCGCUCAUAGAUGCUCUGCAAUCCACAGACUUGCUGAGCAAAUGCUUCGAGCACGAAGCUGCCAAGUGGGAUCCCAACUCUGCCCCGACUCCUGCCUCUGCUUCGAGCUCAAUCUCCUUGGACUCGGUCCUGACCAGACUGGCAACUAUCACCUCUUCUGCUCUCAAUGCUCCUGCUCACGCAUCGUACGGUGCCAGACUUGCUAUCCUGCAACUGUCUUGCGAUCCGAACUCCCGAGCAUCGGAGUGGGGUACGAGCACCCUGAAUGCGCUCCUGUCCUAUGGCGAAGCAGCGUCAAAGGAGGAAAUUCGUCCGGGCCGGGGUAGUGAGAAUGCCAAGCUGGCCGGUCUGUCCCAUCAUGGUGUUGGCGAGCUGCUGCAGGCGGCAUGGGUCAUCUUUGGCGAGCCUGCGAAAGCGGAGAGCAGACCCGAGUAUAGAAGAACAGUUGUCAGUCCUAAUCUUAGCCGUUUGGCAACGGCAAUCACGCUGCUCAUCGAGGCCGCUGCCAAGGGUCAUUCGUUUGCGGUGAGUUAGGAUCUGCUCCACCUUUGGGCGCAUACAUGCUGCCCGGUCCGGACCAUUGCCAUUGACAAUCGAUCUGCUCGUCACUCUCCGAGCAGCUGUCCGUAUUACCCCACGUCGUUUUGAACAUCAGGCUGCAUCCAUCCAUCUAUCGACCUUUCAGUCCUCGGCUACACGCCGCGCUCACCAAGCUAGUCUACGAGAAAGCCCCAAGCGCAUCCUCGAAUGGUCAUCCGCAAGCCGUGCAGGCUCUCAUUUCCCUGCAUUGGACCGGACAUACGACGGGUGGGGGCACAAGCCAGGUUGAAAAGGCAGGCAGCUCGGCUGCAAAUUUGUGGAGCGCUACGAUUCAUCCCGCCAUCUCGGCUGCUCGAGUCUCGUGGCAAGCCAUCUCCAACACCUUUGCGCCUUCUGCGGCGAAGUUAAAAGGGCGGAAUGCUAGCGCUCGCAGCUCCGAAAGUGGCAUUCUACCAACCUUGCCAAAGGAUCCACACGAGGCUUUGCCAAUCGCACUAGAGAGAUUGGAGUCGAUGCUUGGCUCUGCCGAUCGGAGCGGGAUCCUAAGCCUCAUGCUCUGCGCUUCGACAGCUACUGUAGUGCCUCUUCCGCUCCACGAGCUGCUCGAUACGAUCAUCAUCCCGAUUCUUUCGCUACCCUCUGCUCCCGAGGCAGCGCCGUCAACCGACGCUUCGUUGCAGGCUCUCCAGACAGUAGCGCUUCCAAGAGCUCAGCGAAGCGCCUUGCAGUGUCUAGCAGUCUUAGCUCUUACAGUACCUCGAGCCGGUCUGGCAUCUGCCAAGAACCUCUGGAGGUUGGUCGAUGCUCUGUCCGACUUGGUAAGCAACAAAGACACGCCUUCAACUUCGCGAUGCUCGGCAAGCAGAGCGCUCGCUCUACUGCUCUGCUCCAAAGUCAGCUCCGACGAGGGUUCCAUACCGGGCGCAGAUUUGGCUCGAAUGAUAGACCCUGCCGAUCCUUUGCUUCUGCGUGUUGCCACUGCUGCGCUGAGCAGAGUCAGCCAGUGGCUGUCUUAUCCGCACACGGGCUCUUCUCCAGCUUCCACUCUCCACGGCUCUGGCUCCAACUCGAAGUCGGCCAGGAAGAGGCGCAAAUACGAAUCGGACGAUGCGACUGGAAGUGUGCUGGUCGGAUCAGCUGCGCAAGAUGGACCUAGAAGUGGCAAGCUGAGAUUGUUGAGGGAGGAUGAACAGGCGACGUCGGUGGCGUGCUUGGACAUUCUUUGCGCGCUUUCAUCUCCACUCGACACGGAUCUGACACCCGAGCAUCGCAAGCUCUCACACGCCGCAGCGCAGGUCAACAUCGCCCUUGGACUCCUUUCCCUCUCGACAGGCCACACAUCCACCACAACUUCCAUGGCGAGCGACGCAAAUGCUCAGAUUGCCACCGGAGCCCUGCGAUACUUGCAGCACGUACUGAACGACGCAUCAUCGGCUUUAUUGUCCUUGGCUCUGGCCCACGUGCCCAGCCUCGCUACCAGAGCGUUGCAGUACCCGCACGCAGAGGUCAGACUAGCAGCGACGGAGCUCUGCAAGGUACUGGAAACGGUCACCAACCCUAGACUGCCCCCAAGGCUCGCAAGAGCAGCGGACGAGAGACCAACGGAAUGGGAUGCGGAUGCGGAGGUGGAGGACAUACGCAUGGUAGAUGCCGACGAGGCCGCUCAGCACAGGAUCGCUCUCGAUGCGAUUCGAAGCGUGGGAUUGACCGACGAUCCGACUCGAAGCUCCAGCUGGACUCCUCACGCUGUAAAGAUCGAAGAUGCGUCUCAACCUCCUGGGCGUGCGGCGCACACACAAGGUGAAGACUUGGUCGAUGCACAUUUCCCGCAGCAAAUACCGUCUUCGUCGGCGAUCUCGAGGACACUCUCGCAAGGUGCUCCGCACAGCAGCCCUCCGUUGUCCAAAGCAAAAGAGGAUAUUCUGGAGCCUGUCAAACCGCACACGCGAGCCCCUACGCCCACCAUGGGUUCUCCCUCGCUGGUCAGCAAUAGGCGCAUUUCCAUCUCUCCGGAAAGAGUGGCGAGCGCUUUGGGCAGUAGCAAUGUCAGUGCGAGUGCGCAGAUCUUUGCGACGAGUAGGAGUACUGCUGCUGCUGCUGCUGCCAGCAGGGAGAGAGAUGCCUCGCCAGCGUCCCCCUUAGCCAAGAGUCGGAAGGAUGUGCAGCUCGCAUCAUCGCAGACGGACGCGGACAUGCUCAAUGCCGAGAUGUCUCGCACCGCCAGCAGUCAUUCUCAGCAUUCUCCGCAGCUUCUGGACCGCUCUGAACAGACGCGUUCACAGCAAGUGCUAAAAGGAGCGAGGGACAGCGAUGAUGAUGAUGAGGCUAUGCCCACUUUGGACCUCAGAUCUUCAGAUGAGGAGAGCGAAGAAGAAUGA